AUGGCGACGAGAAGCGGCGGAGCAACGGCAGAGGCCCCGAAGAUAGUAUGGAACGAGAGAGAUAAGAGGUUUGAGACAAAGGGCAAGAAAGCCUACUUAGAGUACAAAUUGAGAAAUGGUGGAAAAGUUAUGGAUAUUAUUCACACCUUCGUUCCCUCAAGCAAGAGGGGUUUAGGGUUAGCUUCACAUCUCUCUGUUGCCGCCUUUAAUCACGCUCAAUACUGAGUUGAAAAACCCUAA